AUGACACUAAAGAAGUUUCCUAACAUAUUUAAAGAUAUAAUAAAUAAUGAAUUUGAAUGUGGAGGUGAAAAUGUAAUUUUAAAUAAUAAUACAACUAAUAAUAAUUCGAAUAAUAAUAAUAAUAAUAAUUCAAAUAAUAAUAAUAAUAAUAAUAAUAAUAAUAAUAAUAAUAAUAAUAAUAAUAAUAAUAAUUCAAAUAAUGAUAAUAAUAACAAUAAUAAUAAUAAUAAUAAAAAAAAUGGAGAGUUAUUUUUAAAGGUAUUUAGAAAUAAAAUUUUAAGGUCAAAAAUAUUUUCAGAAGUUUCAAAAGAAUUUAAAUAUGGUAUAUUUAAAUAUGAACAAAUUAAAUCAGUUGAUUGGAUGUUAACAAAUGAUUAUAUUGAAUUAUUAAAAUAUAAAGUUCAACGUGGUGAACAAUUAGUAUUUUAUUUUGAUUGUUAUUAUAAUUCAACAGAAUUUGAAUUAUUUAAAAAAAUUAAUAACGAUAAACAAUUUUAUAUUAAUUUAUUUAAAAACUAUCAUUUUAAUUUUAUUCAAAAAUCAACAUACAGUAAUAAUCAAAAUAAUCAAAAUAAUAAUCAAAAUAAUAAUCAAAAUAAUAAUCAAAAUAAUCAAAAUAAUAAUUGUAAAACAACAAAAAUAAUAAUAACAAAAGAAAUUCAAAAUUCAUCAGAAGUAUUAAAAUUAAAUAUUAAUUUUAUAAUUGAAACUGAUUGUAAAGUUGCAUUAAAAGUAUUAAUAAAUCAUUUUAAUUAUGAUGUUAUGAAAAAUGAAAAUAUUUUAUAUGAUUCAAUAAAGAGUUCAUCAUUUAAAAUCAUUAAAUACCUUUUAAAGUAUUAUAAAUUUAAAGUUGAUAGAAAUUUAUUAUAUAGUCAAGUAUUAAAAGACAAAACAUUUAAUUUAAAUAAAAAAGUUCAAUUCAUUAUUGAUGUUUUAAAAAUACCACCACCAAUAUCAACUUCACCAGAAAUUUUAAAUCAAUUAAAUAAUUUCAAAUUAUUUGAAACUCAUUUAAAUGAUUGUAUGUAUAAUCAAUCAUUAGAAAUUUUAAUUGAAUCAUGUAAAACUAUUUCAAUAUUAGAACCAAUUUUAAAAUUUAAUAAUAAUAAUAAUAAUAAGAAAAAAAAAGAAAAAGAAAAAGAUAAAGAAAUUAUUAAAACAAAUCAAUUUAUUAAAUUAAUUGAUAUUAUUAAUUUUAAAGAAAAUAAUAUUGAAUAUUUAAAUGAAAAAGUUAAAGAUUUUUCAAAAGAUAUUGAAUUUGUAAAACAACUUUAUAGACAAUUUAUAACUUUUUCAAAACCAAUUAAUAAUGAAGAUUUAUUAUGGUUAUCAAAUUAUAAUAUAUUUUCAUUAUCAAAUUUAUCAAAUUUAUCAAAUACAUCAUCGUCAUCAUCAUCAUCCACAAUAAAUGAAAAAUUAGAUUUUGGUUUUAAAGAAAUUAUUGAAAAUAAUGAUAAUGAAAAGAAUUUAAAUUUCUUAAAUAAAAUUAUUAAAUUAAUUAAAUUAAAAAAACAAUUUGAAAUUUCAAACUUUUUAUUCAAUUUCUUAGCAUCAAUUGAUAAUUUAGAAUAUUUUAAAUAUUGUUUUAAUGAAUUAAUUAAUGAUUUUAAUUUAUUUAAUUUAUCAAAAUUAGAUUCAAAUUCAACUAUAUUUAAAAGAAUUCGAAUUAUAUUUAAUUUAAAUAUUUUUGAUUUUAUAAAAUCAAAUGAAAUUUUAAUAUUUAUAAUUCAAUCAAUUAUAAAUACAUUUCAACAAUAUCAACAACAACAACAAAAACAAGAACAUCAACAAGAACAACAAGAACAACAAGAAGAAGAAGAUUAUAAAGAAUUUAAAGAAAUUAAUAAUUAUUAUUUAGACGAUUUCAUUGAAAUUAGUUUAGAAAAAGGUUAUACAAAUUUAUUAGAAACUUUUAAAAACUAUUUCCCAAUUGAAUUUGAAAUACAUUCAAAUAAACCAUCACAAAGUUUUUUUAAAUUACCAUUUAAAAGUUGUAAAUUCAUUUUGGGUUGUCAUAAACAAAGUAAUAGUUCAACAUUUAAAAGUUAUUUAAAAACUUUGAUAUUAUCUGAUAAUGUUAUUGAUAAAAUUUCAAAAAAUGAUUAUAUUGAAUUUAUUGUUAAUACAAGUUCAUCAUAUGACUGUUUUUACGGGUCAAUAAUUUCAUCACAUAAAUAUCAUUUAUUAAAUUGGGUAUUUAAAAAUAGAUUAAUCGAUAUCGAAAGUGGUAGAUGUAAAUCAAUUGAAAAAUCAAAAUUAUUAGUCUACUAUUUCUAUUCAAAUCAAUGGGAUAAAUGUAUUUCAGAAUUUGAUUUCUUAAAUUGUAGAUUACUUUUAAGAGAAAUUGGAAAAAUGGAUUGUGUUGAAUUAUUAGAUAAAAUUUUAAAAUAUCAUUAUUCAACUCAAUAUGAUAAUUCUUUAAAUAAUAAUAAUAAUGAUCCGAUCACUCUAUUAAAAAAAAGAGAUUCUUUAAAUAUUUGUUUUUUCACUGCAACUCAUUUUGGUCAUAUGAAAAUUUUAAAACAUGUUUUAAAAUAUAAUUCAAAUUUAAUAUAA